AGGCUGAGUACCACAGACCACAUCACCUGAAAACUGCAAGCAACACCAGCCAAGUCAAUACUGAAGCAAUCCAUGUUACCUAUACCUGUAAUAAGAAUAGGAAUAAUGACAGUUACACAAGAAAUUUGGAUAAGUGCAACACCACUGCUAUCACCAACUUUACCAACAAAAUUAGCAGAUAUAGUAUCACUACUAAUGAGGACUUUAACAUCAACAUUAGCAUAAAUACUGAUGAUUCAUCCUCUAUUUCCAAGGUUAAUCCUCAGAGUUCAAGUAGCAGUCCUCUCUCCAAAAGCAGUUGUUAUCUUUAUAACAGUGGCCAAGACACUAAUGAUCUUGCUGUGUAUAAAACAUUUGGAGGUAGCCUAGGUAGCUUCAGUCCUCCAGAAAGAAGACAUUUUGUUCGCACUAGAGUUUCCAUUCCACCAUCUGCAAGGAAUAGAGACAGAAGUGCGCGUCCAGAGUCUUUCAGGCUUUCUUCUGAUAUGGCUACUCAUACGAGAGUACUCCUUAAAGCCAGAUCCUUUGCUGGAGCAUCUCUAAGAGAGUCUCCAACUCACAAGAUGAAUGGGGAGAUAAACUUUGCAAGGACAUCUCUACGAGAGGAUCAGCUAACUUACCACAGAAAAAAAGCCUAUACUCAACAAAAGGGCAUGAGCAAGAUGGAGUUUCUGCGAGCAAGGUUUGCUAAUACCUUUGAGGCAACUUCAGGUGAAAAUGCUUCUGCGAUACCUUCAAACAACUCUGCAAUCACCAAUUCUAAGUCACGUUGUGAUGCAAAUGGAAAUCAAAAUUCUGAGUUUAGAGAUCAUAAACUUGUUAAUAAAGAUGACAACAGUGUUAGUGUAAGACCUGAAGAGGGUUACACAUAUCUUGAUUCAACAAAUAUAUCCACAGAAAAGCCUUUAGAAAACUAUGAAGAAUGCUGGAAACAUGGAAAUUCAGAGCUUAUUGAACAUAAAAGUACUACUAAAAGUAACACAUUUGCUGUUAAAAAUGACGAUCAUUAUAUUGCUAACAAAACUCUACAAGAUAAUAAUACACUAUCACCAUCAGAUCAGCAUCUUUCACCUAAAAGUAUAACAUCAGAAAAAGCACCUGGCACACACAACCUUUUAAUACGCAAGGCUAGUCUAACAAUCCUUAAUUCAUACCAGCAUGAAAAUUCUCAAGACAGUGUUAAGCUUCAAAAAAUUCGGACCCGAUCCUUCACUGGCAUGGUAACUCCUCUUGAAGUAGCACCAAACCAAGAAUCACCCAGGGAAGUGCUCAGUGAUCGUGAAGUUAGCAAAGAGGGUACCUUAAGUUUAAGAGUUACUCAAGGUGCAGAAUUGGAAAGAAUAGCUCGUGUGGCUACUAUGACACGAAGGGCACGUGUUAUUCGUGAUGGCUAUGCUUUUCGGUUUUCCAGCGAUUUGGGGCUGGGAGCAUCCUCCAAGGUAAAAGCUAAAUCAAAGAGAGAAGUCUUUGUUUAAAUAGCUUUUAGCAGAACAUUCUGAAAUUGCAAGCUUUUUUCACUUCAUAUAUUAUUAUUUUUAUUACUGACCACUGUUUAGUAAAGAAAUAAAUAUUUAGUAAAAAAUUAAUGUCUUUAUUUUAACUGAGACAAAGAUUAAGUUGAGUAUACAAUAGUUCAAUAAGUGUUCUACUAUCACUAUAGUGUAUUAAAAACUAAUAUACCAGUAAUUAUUUUAAGCUUUUUAUAUGCAUAUUGCCUAGAAAUAAAUUAUAUGACAGGUACAUUACAAUAUUAGACAUCUUUCAUACAUAAAAUUAUUUUAUGAUUUACUCUAAUGUUUUUGAAAGAAAAUAUUAUACAAAUUUCUUAGGAGAAAAAAACAGUGAACUUGUAGAUGCUCAUUAGCUGCCAGGUGCUUUAUUUUUAAUUUGAAACUGUACCUUGAGUUAAAUACAAAUGAAUAAAAUGUUGAACAUUGUAGUUCUGUGUAUUAAGUACAGUAACUGAGAAAGGUAUAUAAGCACCUUAAUCACCUGUCAAGUACAGACCAGUGCUACUCUAAUAUUGCGAGUGCUGUAAUACAUAAUUAUUGCUAUAGAGGUCUACUUCAAGGUACACUACAUGUUAAAAGCAAUGUAAAUAAAAAGUCUUAAACAUGAUAUAAUGAGAUACAAAUAUAAAUUUCUAUUGUAUCUUCCAAGCUCUUCAGAUCAUGUGAGAAAUGGCUGUAAAAAUAUAAAAACUGCAUGCUGGUGUCCCUGAGUGACUGUUAUACAGCACUUCCUUCUAAGGGACUGUUAUAAGGCACCUCUGAAAUGAUUGUUACAUAGUUCUGCUGCAUCUGUCACAUUUUUUCCUGUUAAGUUUCAAUUUAUGUCUAUUUCAGCCAAAUUUUUCACUAAAAUUAAUCUGACUAAUAUACUGUUUUCUGGUCAUUUUUGCAGAAAGAAUUUGUAAAUAUGGUAAUUUAUUUUAGGCAGGAGGUGCAUUGUAGUAUUAUUACCUCUUCAAGAAAUUUGAUCUUUUAAGUCAGCAAUAAGCAUAUUUUCCAAUGAAAACUGAUUACAGACCUUUAAUCUAAUGCUUUAAAGUUCAACUGCUGAGUAAAUAACUCGGUUUAUAUAACUUCUAUAAAAUCUCACUGAAGAUAUAAUAGGUAUAUAAAAUGUAAUGUAUAAGAUUUUUUUAACUUUUUUUUUUUU